AUGUGGCUAUUCGACGCCAUCCUCUGGUUCAUCUUCUGGAUCCUGGCUCUCCUCGGUCUCCGGGAACACGACUAUGCUCGCGACCCACCCCACAAAUUCACCUGGUCGGAAGCCCGGGUGCGGGCAACGAGACUAGUCGACCAAAUGAGUAUGGAUGAGAAGCUCAAUAUCACCAGCGGGCGCACUGGGCCGUGUCAGGCCAACUCUGGUAGUGUUGAGCGACUAGGUAUCCCCAGCUUCUGCUAUAAUGAUGGGCCCGCCGGACUCCGGCACACCGACUUUACGACCCAGUACCCGUCCCAGUUUACCAUGGCUUGUUCGUUCGACCGCGAGCUGGUACGCGAACUCACCGAACGCAUGAGCGCCGAAUUUGCAGGCAAGGGAGUCAAUGUACAGCUUGGCCCGCUCACUGGCGGACCACUUGGCCGAUCGCCGUACUGCGGGCGUAACUGGGAAGCUUUCUCGCCGGACCCGUACCUCUCCUCGACGCUGUCGUACGUAUCCAUUCGCGCGGCACAGUCGUCCGGCCUCGUAGCCUGCGCCAAGCACUACUUCAUGUACGAACAGGCGCCGGUGUGCUCGGGGCCUCCCGAUGACGAGGGCGUGCCGACAGACUGCACACAAGUGUCGGUAACUGCAGACGACAAGACAGUCAAGGAGCUCUACCUUCCCUCCUUCGCGGAGGCCGUCCGCGCGGGUGUGGGCGCAAUCAUGUGCUCGUACAACCAGAUCAACGGCACCCCCGCGUGCCAGAGUGACGACGCCAUGAAUCGCAUCCUCAAGAAAGAGCUCAACUUCCAGGGCUAUGUUUUGAGCGACUUUGGGGCGACCCACUCGACGGCCGAGUCGGCCAACGCUGGCAUGGACCAGGAGCUAGAGGGUACCUGGUGGUAUGGCGACAACCUCAAGCACGCAGUCAAGGACGGCAAGGUUCCUGAAGAGCGCCUCAACGACAUGGUCACGCGCAUCCUCAUCCCGUGGAUCGCAUUUGGACAAAAGGACAAAUGGCACGCACCGAGCUACACGCGCUGGGGCCUCGGCGACUGGGUGUGGUUCGGGGAUCACCUGUUCGAGAACAAGCACGACGACGUACGCAAGGCGGAUUACGCCGACUUUGUGCGCCAGGCAGCAGAGCAGUCGCAUGUGCUGCUUAAGAACGACGGCGUGCUCCCGCUUAACCCUGGAAUCCGUCGCAUCGCAGUGUUUGGCACGGACGCCGACUACCCAACCACGAUCGCCGGCUGCGGCGCCGACCUCUUCUGUACCGAAGGCGAGCCCUCGCGGCGGCACUGGAACGGCACAGUGACAAUCGGCGGCGGCUCAGGCGCCGUCUAUGCGACGUACAUCGUACCUCCCAUCGAGGCCAUCUCCCGCCGCGGGAGGGAGAGGGGUAUGCGUGUCGACCACGUCCUCCGUGACGACCCCGCAUACUACCCCGCCAUCGGCAAUGUCGCGAACACGGUCCAGAUGUGCAUCGUGUUCGUGUCUGUCUUCCUCGUCGAGGGCGCUGAUCGGGUGAACCUCGGCCUCGACAAUGACGGCGAGAAGCUGAUCAAGCACGUUGCAGACAAGUGCGCGGGUGAUGUUGUCGUGGCCAUUCACGCCGGUGGUCCGGUUAUCAUGGAGGACUGGAUUGAGCAUGAGAAGGUCAAGGGUGUCGUGUGGGCUGGGUACCCCGGACAGGAGAGCGGGAACGCGAUCGCGAACAUCCUCUUUGGCGACGUAAACCCGAGCGGCAAGAUGGCGUUUACGCUCGGCAGGCGGGAAGCCGACUGGCCUCCGAACAACAUCGUGCGGAAGAUGCCCAUGAUCGGCAAGCCCCGGACGGCAUUCGACGAGAAGCUGGCAAUCGACUACAAGUGGUUUGACACACAGGGCCACAUGCCGCGCUACGAGUUCGGCUACGGACUGAGCUACACGACAUUUGAGCUGUCCGACCUGCGCGUGCGCCCCGAGCAUCGCAAAGACACGGCGAUCCACAAGACGGCGGAGGCUCAUCUUGGCCCAUUGGAGCUGUACGAUACGAUGUACGUUGUGCGCGUCGACGUGCGCAACACGGGCGACCGGAGCGGCGGCGAGGUACCGCAGCUGUACAUGUCGUAUCCCCCGUCGCAGCGCCAACCGCCACGCAAUUUGCGGGGAUACGACAAAGUGUGGCUGAGAUCUGGGCAGCGCGUCACGGUCGAGUUCCCGCUGCGCAAGAAGGACAUUGCGGUAUGGGAUGUCGUCCAGCAGGCGUGGCGGGUGCCCGAGGGCACGUUUACGCUGUACGCCGGCCACAGCUCGCGCGAGCUUGUUCUCGAGACGACACUCGAAGUGCAGCUGGAGUAG